CUUUAGGCCUCACAAGUCAUGAGUAUUACUUCACCGAAAAAAAAGUUAGUUUUGAAGUUGUUUUGUUACUCGAGUCAAUCCAUUCGCUUCGUUAUGCAAUCAAUUCCAAAUUUUAAACCCAUAUUCGCUUUCCUCUUCUUCUUCUUCUUCUUCUUCCUUGCCCCCAAAUUCCAGUCUCUGCAAUCUCGUCGGCAGCCAUGGAAGACGAUUACAAGCUGAGUCAACAUUCCGGCGACUCGGUCACUAUCGAGCUACCUGGAAUGGUGAUUGUGACGGCCAUUUUAGUGUUCUUGUUGGUGCUUGUAUUUGUUCUUCUUCUCCAACUCUAUGCCAGAUGGUUAUGGUCUCGAAUUGAGGAUCCUUCCCCUCUUCCGGUGGAAACUCGCCGUCGUCGUCGUCGCCGAUUUGAAUUCUCCGCCAUACAAGAUCCCAAUUCCGGAAGAGGGUUGGACCCCAAAAUCCUUCGGUCACUUCCUGUUCUGAUAUUCCACCCUGAUGACUUCAAAGAUGGCCUCGAAUGUGCCGUUUGCCUCUCUGACCUUGUUGAAGGUGAGAAAGCCAAGCUGCUUCAUGAUUGCUUUCAUGGCUUCCAUAGUGAUUGCAUAGAUAUGUGGUUUGAAUCUCAUUCCACUUGCCCUCUUUGUCGGAACCCCGUCACCGCCGCCGCAGACUCCGGCGAGUUACAGGAUGAGGAUUCUGCAAGUGGGUUGUCCUCAGAAUCUCCAACUUUCCCAACAAAUGUACUGAUUUGGGGAAAUCAAGAGCAGGUCACCUCUGCCGGAGCUUGUCUGGAAGUGAAAGAGGGUUCUUCUCAAAACCCUUUUCCGGCGGCUUGUUCAUCAGCAUCAUCGAGUAACCCAGCUGCAGAAUUGGUAAUUGAUGUUCAAAAUGAUCUUCAAUUUCCGCCAUUAACACCUAAUGAAGAUGGAAAGCUACCUGUUGUGACCAGAUUAAGGUCAUUGAAAAGGCUUUUGAGUAGGCAAAGAAGAGUGAAUCCUUGUGAUCCAAAUUCAGCUAAUGUUGAAAUGGAACAAUUGGCCUGAUAUAGAUUUGCUACAAACAAGUUAAGUUUUCAAAACUUGUACAAAUUUCUUUGCAUUCUAGUAAUGAGAGGGAAAGCGUUGUUGUUGAGAGCAUCUCUGUAAUGAAUGUUCUUCAACCAACCGCUUUCAUUUUGUUAGAACAAGGUUAUUUACAGAAACUUUCAACCCUUUGAAUCCA